CCUUAAUUGUAUAGCUAACUAGCAAAUAAGCUUUCUUCUCCUCUCCCUUUCCAUCUUUGCUUUGCUUUGGUUUGGUUUGCUUUCUCAAAUAUCCUCUCAAUCUGUUUUGGUGGUUUUAUCUUCUUCUCGUAUACUUUGAUUCUCCACCAUAUCCCCCCCAAAUUAAAAGAACCCACCUUCUCUUCUUUCUUCCAUCAACCUUUUAUAAAAGAAAGAACCUAAAUUUUUAAAAAGAUAGAAAGAAAGAAAGAAACAAUUAAAGAUUUCACCCAAAAAUAAAUACCUUAAUAAAAGAGAGACUAUGGUUUUCUCUUCAGUUCCACUCUAUUUAGAUCCUCCCAAUUGGCAACAGCACCCUAAUCAUCAGCAACUUCUCCAAAGUAAUAAUAACAAUGGUUCAGUUGGAAAUAACAACCAUGAUCAUCAAAAUCAUCAACAACAUCUCCUUCAACCACCAUCUAUACCUCAACAUCCCGGCCAAUCUCCGAUGGGGAUGGGUGGUGGUGGUGGCGGAGGACAACUUAUGCGGCCUAACUCGAUGGCGGAAAAAGCACGCCAAGCAAAGAUCCCCCCACCAGAAGCUCCACUAAAGUGUCCGAGGUGUGAUUCUUCAAACACCAAGUUCUGCUACUUCAACAACUAUAGCCUUACACAGCCCCGACACUUUUGCAAGUCGUGUAGGCGGUAUUGGACACGUGGUGGGGCCCUUAGGAACGUUCCUGUGGGUGGUGGUUGUAGGAGGAACAAAAGAUCCUCUAGUAAGUCCUCCGGAGGAGGAGGUGGUGGUGGUGGUGGUAGUGGUUCUUCGUCUUCUAAAUCUUCUCUCUCCUCUCCAACCAGAAUCGGGAUGGUAGGAGGGGAGAGAAUACCUCUACACAUGGAUUUAGUUAGUACAAGUGGUCUUGGCCCUAAUUUCACCGGGCUUCCCUCAGGCGGAGGUGGGUCAGGGGGGAUGUCGUCGUUCAUGGCAUCUUUACAAAACAUAGCUCAAUUAGGGAUGGGAAAUUUAGGUCUGAGUUUUGGUGGGGGCCUCAACACACCUCCUCAUCACCCUCUAGGAGGAUUAGGAGGGUUGUCUGGUGGAGUUGGAAAUGAGCAUCAUCAUCAUCAUCAUCAUCAACAUCAGUUGGAUUUUCCUCAACUAAACCAGAAUUCAGUUAAUAAUCAACAACAAGUACAUCAAUUCCCUAACUUCUUAGGGGGUUUUGAAAUCCCUGGUUCUUCAGCUGGUGCUGGAUUAUACACAUCCUCUUUUCAAAAUGAUCAACAAGGAAUCGACGACGAUGAUGAGCAUCAACAUCAACAUCAACAUCAACAUCAACAUCAAAAUCAACAGAAUGAGAAUGAUGAUCAGGUUAAUAAUCUGCAAAAGAGUUGCCCAUCUACUAUGAUGUCGCAACUCGCACCGGUGAAGACGGAGAGUGAUGCGCAAAGGCUAAAUCUAGCCAAACAAUUCAUGGGAAUUUCAACUUCAGAUCCAAAUAAUAACAACAAUAAUAAUAAUAAUGCAACGGGUCAUCAAUUUUGGGGUGGUAACAUUGGCAACAACAACAACUCAGCUGGUGCUACUAGCAUGUGGACCGAUCUCUCAGGCCUUAACUCUUCUUCCACUAGCCAUCUCUUAUGAAUUUCAUAACUAGGGUACGUUAAGUUGUUGGUCUACUUAAUUAAUUAAAUUGUUUGUCUGACUAAAACUUGGGCUUCUUGGGAAGAAGCUGAUCGAUAUAAUUAAGUCAUUGAUAUAUCCAGCCAAGAUUUUCGAUCGACCGACACGACCGUCAUCACUCUUUCAUCAUGACAACACGAGCUAGGGUUGAGGUUGAGAUGCAUAUCAUUUUGGCGUCUCCCUCUCGCGUACAAUGCCAUGAUGAGUUAAUACUACUACAAGUUAGUACGUGAUCACAUAUACUCUAAGCUCUUUUUAAUGUUCUUACUUUACUUUUCUGUUUUUUUUCCUUCUCUUCCUUCAAUUUCUUGUUGGAUGUAUGGUGCUUGUAUUUUCAUUGUGGGGUGUGUAUCACUUUUAUAUUAAUCCUUCUUAGCUUUGAUGAUAAACUAUUAUUUUAUUAAUUAAUUUAUAAUGUAAACUAACGUAUCUUAUUUACUUCUUCA